UUUGUUUACAGUUUGCGGCGUGGUGUUCCUUAAAAUCCAUAAAAAUCCUUUAAAAAAUCUGACCGGCGGGUGAAAAUUGUUACUGAAAAUGUUGCGUCGCCAAGCUCGUCUACGACGGGAGUAUCUGUUCCGCAAGGCGGUGGAGGGUAAACACAAAACGCUUCAGGACAAAAAGGAACGCAUCAAACGAUCGCUCCAGGAGCACAUUCCGAUUCACGGGGAUCUGAAGAAGGAUGCGCUGGAGCUGCAGGAGAAACUUAAGUGGACCGACGAGGGACCGAAACGGGCAGCAGAGAUUUCCGGUGAAAGCGGCGGUGCAAAUACGGUCGACUCGAAGGAUGACGAGUACCGGUACGCGGGAUGCGAAGAUCCCAAGAUCAUGAUCACGACGUCUCGCGAUCCUUCGUCGCGGUUGAAACAGUUCGUGAAGGAACUGCGGUUGAUCUUCCCGAACGCGCAACGCAUGAACCGGGGUAACUUCGAAACGAAACAGCUGGUGCACGCUUGCCGGGCCAACAACGUGACGGAUUUCAUCAUCGUACACGAACAUCGGGGCGUACCGGAUAAUCUGAUCAUUUGUCACCUGCCGUACGGACCAACCGCUAGUUUCAACAUGUCGGGCGUGGUGAUGCGCCACGACAUCCCGGACAUUGGACCGAUGAGUGAGCAGAAGCCACAUCUCGUGUUUCACAACUUCAAGACCAAGCUGGCCGAACGAACGAUGUCCAUUUUGCGCUACCUCUUCCCAGUACCGAAGGAGGACUCGAAGCGCGUGAUCACAUUCGCCAACCACGACGAUUUCAUUAGCUUCCGCCACCACACGUACCGGAUGGUCGACCGAGAGCUGGAGCUCACGGAAGUAGGACCCCGAUUUCAGCUGAAGCUCUACCAAAUCAAGCUGGGAACGCUGGAUGAGCUAGAUGCGGCCGAUACGGAAUGGGUGUAUCGACCGUACAUGAAUACCGCGGCCAAAAGACGGUUUCUCUCGGACGAAGACGGUUGGCAACAGGAGGAUGAACCGGAAGGGUAACUGCGGUGAUAAGGCAAUCCCCGACAGACACAGUUGGUCAAAUAAAUAUUUGUAAGCAUUCAACAUGAAAAAAACUGUGUUAUCUAUUCUCACGCUCCGGUAAUGCAACGCAUUCGAGGUUGAUGACUGCAUGAGAUAAGACUACAAUGGCGCUUCGACAAAGUUGCAACAGUCUCAUCUCUCGGAUCCAUUGGCGCCAUGAUAAACAUAGCGAUCCAGCCGGGUGUAUGGGGCAAGCUCAUAGUCGCGAUAAACUCAUGAGCCCUUUCAGAGUAUGUUCUCUAUUAUGCAUUCUCUUGAGAGGAUAUACGUACUUCAAGGGAUAUGCAGGUUGCCAAGCGCCACAUGAUUAUGUUAGUAACCAA